AAUUUCAAAAUGAGUAAUCCAGUAUCCUUUAUCUCUAAUAUUACACCAUGAAAAAAUAUUCCAAACAUGUUGCAAAUAAUUCAAAUUUUUUGAAGUUGGGUAUGUGGAACAUAGAGGGCCUUUCAAGUGAAAAAAUCCAAGACCCCCUAUUUCAAGAGCAGUUGUCACAAUUUCACAUAGCUAGCCUAGUUGAAACCUGGUUAGGUGAAACAAAUCAAGGCAGUGCAUUUCCCAAUCACAUUUUAGUUCACUCAAGCUCUAGAAAAAAACAUAAAAAGGCAAGACGAUAUUCCGGUGGAAUACAUAUUUAUGCAAAACCUACAAUUAUAAGUGGUAUUAUACCAAUUAACAAUAGUCAUCCAGAUAUUUUAUGGAUCAAACUUGAUCAAAGUUUCUUUAGAUUACAAAGAGAUAUUUAUCUUGCAGUAGUUUAUAUAUCUCCCCAAUAUUCUAAUGGCAAUGUGAAUGACAUUGAACAAAUAUAUUCAGUUUUACUAAGUGACAUAGUAAAAUAUAGUAGAAACGGUGACGUAAUAGUUCAAGGUGACUUCAAUGCCUACACCAAUACCCAACCUGAUUUUGUUAUAUUUGAUUCUGAACGUAUUAAUUCAGAUGAUGUUCUUUAUCAACCAGAUAAAAUUUUGUCAAGAAAUAAUCUUGACCACAAGCACAUUAACAAUAGUGGCAAAAAUCUUCUGAACCUUUGUAAAGAAUCGGGUUUACGAAUCUUAAACGGUAGAACAACAGGUGAUCUAACAGGUCGACCCACCUGUAUAACCUAUAAUGGUUGCAGUCUAGUUGAUUAUUGUCUUGUAUCAAAAGACUUUCUAAAUUCAAUUGGUUAUUUUGAAGUACUAGAUUUUACUUCCCUAUCAAACCAUUGUCCAAUUAGUUGUGCAAUAUUCGACAGCUUCUGUUCAGAACCAAACUCAAAUAACUCAAAUAAUUUAAAACCAGUUCCUGGAAAGUUUUUGUGGAAUAAUGAUGCAAUAGAAUCCUACACUAAAAAUAUUCACAGCAAUCUAUUCCAAAUUAAAUUUUCAGAAUUUUUGAGGGAUGAAUUUUCUGAUAGUGAUUCCAUUUCAAAAGCCUUCAGCUCAAUACUUGUUGAAUGUGCAAAAAUAUCGACUAAACUUAUUAAGAGAGGACCUAGGCAUAAAACUCGUAAAAAUAAGAAAAAACCGUGGUUCUCACAGUCAUGUUCUGAUCUGAGAAUUACAGUAAAAAAUUAUGAAAAACUUGUAAACAAGAACCCUUUUAAUGGAGAAUAUAGGAAAAUGUUCUAUACAUACAAGGCAAAAUACAGAAGAUUAUGUAAAUUUGAGGAGCAAAAUUACAGAAACACAAUAUGUAAUGACAUUAACAACAAUAUUAAUAAAAAUCCAAAGUCAUUCUGGAAAUUACUCAAUAAAUUAGAUAAUAAAAUCAAUACUGGACAAAUUUCAUCUCAUGAUGUUCACCCUGAGGAAUUUUAUCAGUUUUUUAAAAAACUUAACAAAGCUGACAACAAUCACAAUAAUUUUCAUAAAAGUAUAAUAGAUAAAUUUCAUGUCUUGAAAGAAAAACUACAUCAUAACCAUUUCCUUGAACCAGAAAUUACUGUCGCUGAAAUAAGGAAUGCCCUUAAAUCCCUGAAAAAUGGAAAGAGUUCUUCUAUAGAUAUGAUAUCAAAUGAAAUGUUAAAAAAUGGGGGAUCUGUAAUGCUGAAACCUCUUGAAAAAUUAUUUAACUUUAUACUUAAUUCUGGUAUAUUCCCAAAAAGUUGGAAUGAGAGCUACUUAGUUUUACUGUAUAAGUCGGGUAAUAGGCUCGAUCCUAAUAACUACCGAGGUAUAUCAAUUACUUCAAAUCUAGGAAAACUUUUCAACAGAAUAAUACAUACUAGGCUACUUGAAUUUGUAAACUCUGCAUCACUGAUAAGUGAAAACCAAAUUGGUUUCAAGGAAAAUUGUAGAACAUCAGACCAUUUAUUCUCAAUAAAAACAAUAAUUGACCACUACAAAAACAAAAAGGUUUAUGCUGCUUUUAUUGAUCUUAGAAAAGCAUUUGACACUGUAUGGAGAUUAGGUUUAUUUUAUAAACUUCUUGAAUGUAAUAUUUCCCAAAAAAUGUUCAAUAUUUUAUUUUCAAUGUAUAGUAAUACAAUGAGUAGAAUCAAAUUUUCUGAUGGAUUAAGUGAUGUAUUCAAUUCUGAGUGUGGUGUCAAACAAGGGGAUGUCUUAAGCCCCACACUUUUUAAUGUUUUUAUUGAUGGUAUUGUCCAUGACUUACAAAAUGGAAAUUGUGAUCCUGUACAAGUAAACAAUAUGCAUGUAAAUUGUCUGUUAUAUGCUGAUGAUAUUGUAAUCUUCUCAGAAAGCAAAAGCGGUUUACAAACCAGUCUUGAUAUUCUCAGUAACUAUUGCUCAAAUUGGAAACUCCAAGUUAAUGUAGAUAAAUCUAAAGUUAUGAUAUUUAAUUCAAAUGGCAAGCCUCAAGGAAAUGAAUUUAGUUUUAAUGGUAAUGCAAUACAAAUUGUACCAAGAUACUGUUAUUUAGGUAUUAUGAUGAAAUGUAAUAGGAAGUUUAAUUUAGCAACAGCUGUGCUUAUUGAAAAGGCCAGAAAAGCAUGUUUUAAAAUGAAAAGAAUUAUUGGAUUUGAUAACCCAUGUAAACUUUUAGAAAAACUCUUUGAUGCUAUUGUACUUCCAGUUCUUCUCUAUUGUAGUGAAAUAUGGGGAGUGGAUCUCUCAUCCAAAGAUAUUUCAAAUGUUGAAAAUUUUCACUUAAAAUUCAUUAAAGACAUCCUUGGAGUGCACUGCAAAACAUCCAAUGCUGGUUGUUUAGCAGAACUUAAAAGACUACCACUUUGGUCCAAAAUUUCCCUCUCAAGUAUCAAAUAUUGGAAUCACCUGAAAACUUCUGAUUCUUUGGCCUUUAAACUUUACCAAUCCACAAUUAACUGUAAUUCUUGGACUAAGAAAUUAUUUUCUAUUCUUGAUAAUCUUGGAUUCUCUAACAUUAUAAAAUAUACAGGUUCCAUCCAACACCUUUUACCAAACAUUAAACAAAGAAUCAUAGAUCAGUGCACUCAAGAGCAAACAUCAAAAAUCUUUGGUUCAGAAAAACUUGAUCUCUUCAAGAAAGUAUACUCAGGAAAAAGAAGUCCUUAUGUUGAUUUACUCAAAAAAAGAUCUGAGAGAUCCUCUCUUAGUAAAAUUAGACUAAGCGCACAUAAACUUGCAAUAGAAAGUGGUAGAUAUAUUUCCACAUCAAGAAAUGAAAGAUAUUGUAAUGUUUGUAAUACUGGUGUGAUUGAGGAUGAAAUACAUUUUCUUUUUCACUGUAAUUCUUACUCUAAGCUAAGAAACGCAUUCUUUAGUAAUAUUUAUAACAUAACAAAGAAAAAUAUUAAUCUUAGCAAUGAGAAAUAUAUGCUACAAUUAUGUAUAAACAGUAAUAUACAAAAAGUCUUGAAAGUUACUGUUAAAUAUAUCAGAGACUGUUUUGAUCUUAGAAGUCAAUUACUUGACAAUUCUUGAAAAAAUAUGUAAACAUUAUUUAAUGUUGUUCAGUGGGCCUUUGCCAAUUAUUGUAAUUGUGUUUGUGCCA